UAGAGCCACAGUUAGUUACCUUCUAACGCGAAGAAAUCGCGCUCUCUUGAUCAUACGAUUACGGUGGCCUGAAAUCUCAUUCGCCGAUCGAUAUUUUUACUCGGAAUUGGAACAGCCGGGAAUGGUUACUUACGGAGAAAUCCCGAGGCUGUAGCGGCGGGGAAAGCCGCGAAGAUGUGGGUGGUGGUGUUAGUGUUCUUUCUGGGGGCACUGACGGUGGUCGGAGCGGAGGCACUAGGGCUGGCCAUCUUGAUGCGAUGGCUGAAUAGGAGGGUGGCCGAUGAAGUGGCUAGGUCAAAGAUCUACGGAGAGCUAUCAAGCCGUGGGAAUAUCUAUCCUUCAUUAUGCAGAAAGCAGGGCUUUGUGUGGGUUCUAGAUGCAGACAGCAUUCCAAGAACUUCUCCUAUUGACAAAGCUCCGAGACAGCAAAAGGCGAAGAAGGAUAUCUUGGAGGUCACACCUAUAAAGAAAUAUGCAAAUUUAAAGAACCAUUCUCUCUUUUUAGUAGAAUCAGAUUCUUCUUCCACGGAAAUUGAACUUACUGGUUGUACAAUAGAAGCUGUAUCUGCAUCAGAUUUUCCCUCAAGAAAAUGGGCAAAGAGGUACCCAAUAAAAAUAGAAAGCAAAUCAUCAACGGUAUACAAAGGAAGUAAAAUAAUAUACAUAUAUCUUGAGACAUCUUGGGAGAAGGAAUCCUGGUGUAAAGCCUUAUAUAUUGCUACAUGUGAGGAUGCUGAGAAGCUGAAGUGGUUCAGCAAUUUGUACACUGAGUUCCAAAACUAUAUGAUGUUACUGACUGCUGUGUAUCCUUCUUCAUUUCUAAAACAAUUUCCACUUGAUGUAAGCAUCGAGCCUUCAGAUAACAAGUCAAACAAGGUUGAUAUCUCUUCAUCCAAGGUUCGGAAUUUUCUGCGGAAACUUUCCAAAAAAGCUUCUAAGAGUGGCCUAGAAAAUAAGGCAAACUUGGUCUUAAAAUCAAGUCGCGAACUUCCAACCGAAAAAUCUAUUGGUUGUUCCACUGAGGAAAUUAUGGUCCCUUCAUCACUACCAACAUUAAAUGGAUCAGUGUGCAGAAAUCAUGUGGCUGUAAUUUCAGAUGCAGAUUCAGAUGAUAAAGCGUCAAAUGAUGGAACUCUAUGUUGGAAUUUAUUAAUAUCACGUUUAUUUUUUGAUGCUAAACAGAAUGCAGAGAUGAGAACAUCCUUACUAGCUCGAAUCCAGAGAACCCUAUCCAAUAUGCGAAGCCCCACAUACAUUGGUGAAGUGAUAUGUACUGAUGUUAAUAUGGGUAAUCUCCCGCCAUAUAUUCAUGCAAUGAAAGUUCUUCCUUCCAAUGUGAAUGAAGUUUGGAUGAUGGAAAUUGACAUUGAGUAUUCUGGUGGUGCAAUAUUUGAAAUUGAAACAAGGCUUGAAGUUCAAGAUCUUGAGCUACAGGAGGGAGGCCCAAGCGCAGAAUCAAGAUCUGUGGAUGAGGUAAAAGCUGAUUUAUUAGAGGGAAUUGAACACUUCAGAGAAAACAUGACAUAUUCCGAGGAGACAGCUGGUGCUUGUGAUCAUCAUAGAGAUGAAGAUCUUAGAGGGGAUUCGUUAACACACCCCAAGAGCACAACAGGUGCAGUGUCUCAAUAUUCUAGAUGGAAAUAUAUCAUGCAAUCAAUUGCCAAACAGGUUUCACAGAUUCUGUUCGUCCAAUCUUCAAGAAAAUCUCCGCCUGUAACGGCUCUUCCUCGAGACGAAGUUAAGAGGGAGUUUUGGGACGCCUUGGAUGGGGUGGUUGUUGGCUUUCCACUGACUGAGAAAGUCAUCAUUGGAGGCGACUUCAAUGGCCAUAUUGGAGACUCGGCUGAGGGCUUCGAGGACGUGCACGGUGGUUUUGGCUAUGGCAGCAGGAACCCAGCGGGAGUUUCACUCUUGGAGUUUGCCAGAGCAAGUGAUAUGGUGGUUGCUAACUCUUGUUUCCCAAAACGAGACGUUCAUUUGGCUACAUUUGUUAGUGGAGUGGGGACGACUCAGAUCGACUAUCUUCUCCUGCGCAGGUGUGAUCGGGUGCUCUGCAAGGAUGCUAAAGUAGUCCCGAGUGAAAACCUCACUACCCAACACAAGCUUCUGGUGAUGGAUGUCAGGAUUAGAUGGGUGAAACAUAGGAGAGCUUCGAGUGGCAACACACAAAUCCGGUGGAGGAGACUAAGUGGGGAAAAUAUCUCUGAGUUGAUCAGGCGAGUGCAGGAGAAAGUCCGAAGUAAGGUGGAAGCUAAGAAGGUGGCAUAUUUGAGGUACAUGGGCUGCAAUGUUGAGGAAGAAAGAACGGCGUUACGAGUGGAGUACAAGAAGGCACGUAAAGAAGCCAAGUUAGAGGUUACGAGGGCAAAGAAUGCCGCUUUUGAACGCCUCUACAAGGAUAUUGAGGAGAAAGGCGGUGUUAAUACACUGUUCCGGCUUGCUAAGGUGCGUGAGAGGAAGGCCCGAGAUUUGGACCACGUGAGAUGUGUGAAGGGGAGCGAUGGUAGAGUGUUAGUUGAGACUGCCAAAGUGGCUAAGCGCUGGGGGGAGUACUUUUGUGAACUCUUAAAUGCGGGAGGAGACCAGAGGCUAGUUCUUGAUGAGCUGGGGCAGUCCGGGGCGUCUCGGGUGUAUUGUCGACGCAUUUGCCUGGGAGAGGUGGUUCAGGCUCUCCGAGGGAUGCGUAGUGGGAGAGCUUUGGGACCAUAUGAGAUUUCGGUGGAGUUUUGGAAACAUGCGGGCCGUGGUGCGUGGGUUUGGUUAACCAAACUCUUCAAUGUUAUCUUUCGGACAGCAAGGAUGCCUGAUGAGUGGAGGGAGAGUCUCUUGGUCCCCUUGUUUAAAGGUAAAGGUGACAUUCAGAGCUGCGAGAAUUACAGAGGCAUCAAACUCCUUAGCCACACCAUGAAGGUUUGGGAGCGAGUCAUUGAGUUUAGGGUGCGAAAAGGGGUAUGCAUCUCUGAGAACCAGUUUGGUUUCAUGCCUGGCAGAUCGACUACAGAGGCCAUUCACCUCGUGAGGAGGGUGCCAAGGGAGGUCUUAUGGAGGUGCCUAGAGACGAGAAGAGUUCCCAUCGCGUACACUCGCGCGAUCAAGGAUAUGUACGAUGGGGCUAUGACUAGGCUUUUCGCGGAUGAUAUCGUGCUUAUCGACGACACACGUGAGGGACUAAACGAUAAGUUGGAACGAUGGCGCCUUGCCCUUGAGACUAAAGGAUUCAGAAUAAGUAGGAACAAGACUGAAUACAUGGAAUGUCGUUUCAGCGGCCGGGAAACAGAAUCAGAAGUGGAAGUUAGGAUUGACUCUCACGUAGUAUCUAAGGUAGACAGGUUCCGAUAUCUUGGCUCGGUAAUCCAGGCGGAUGGAGAGUUAGACGGAGAUGUUGGACAUCGUGUUGGAGUGGCUUGGGCCAAAUGGCGGUUGGCCUCAGGGGUGUUGUGUGACCCGAAGAUUUCACCCAGGAUGAAAGGUAAGUUCUACCGAUCCGUAGUCAGACCUGCUAUGUUAUACGGGGCAAAAUGUUGGGCGGUUAAGAAGACUCAUGUGCGUCGUCUGCAUGCGGCGGAGAUGCGGAUGUUACGAUGGAUGUGUGGGAAGACAAGGUUGGAUAGGAUUUCGAAUGAAGUUAUUCGACGUCAGGUAGGCAUGGCGCCGGUGGAAGAUAAGUUGCGGGAAACGAGGUUGAGAUGGUUUGGGCAUGUGAGACGUCGGGAUGUUGAUGCCCCUGUACGGAGGUGCGAGAGGAUCACGGUUAUCGGGGGAAGUAGAGGAAGGGGUAGACCUAGGAAGAAUUGGAAGGAAGUGAUUAGGCAGGAUUUAGGACUUCUCACCGUGACUGAGGAUAUGGCUUUAGAUAGGAACCUUUGGCGGACUAGGAUUAAAGUAGCUGGUUAGGAGCGCGGUGCUGCAGAGGUUUUUGUAGUGUGUUGUGUUUGAUUGGAAUCUUCUACUUUUGCUUGCUGGACUUUCAUUUCAUUGUACUUGGUGCUUUAUCCUGUUAUAUCGUGUUAUAUCCUGUUAUAUCCUGUUACCCUGUUAUAUUGUGUUCCCUACCAUAUUUUUGUGCAGGUUGAGCCGGGGGUCUCUUGGAAACAGCCUCCCUACUUCCGAGUAGGGGCAAGGUCUGCGUACACACACCCUCCCCAGACCCUACUGUAGUGGGAU